UAAGUGGGCGGGGAGGUCAGGUGACCCUGCCGGCGUCCCAAGAUGGCGGCGGCUGUAGCGCCCGGGAGGCCGAGGGAGCGUCCGGCCUGUUGAGGUGCCUCCGAGGGGCAAGCGACGGGUCGGCCGGACCGAAGGGCGGCGGCGGAGGCACGGCCGCCCGGCGUGCAGAGCCGGGGCUGGGCGGUGCCACCGGCAGCGGUGCCGGGGGAUGCUGGUGCUGGGCCGGGCCUCUCCCUCAACUUAGGGCGGCGGCAGGCCCGCACCCCUGGUCCCCGGACCAUGGCGCUGAGGGAACUCAAAGUGUGCCUGCUGGGGGACACUGGUGUGGGUAAAUCAAGCAUCGUAUGGCGAUUCGUGGAAGACAGUUUUGAUCCGAAUAUCAAUCCUACCAUAGGAAGCUGCAGCCAGCGUCUGACCAUCCCUGAAUACUCCAGAGAGACCUGGGCAUCUUUUAUGACCAAGACUGUCCAGUACCAAAAUGAGCUACAUAAAUUCCUAAUCUGGGAUACAGCUGGACAAGAACGAUUUCGUGCAUUGGCACCGAUGUACUAUCGAGGGUCAGCAGCAGCUAUCAUCGUUUAUGACAUCACAAAAGAAGAGACGUUUUCAACGCUCAAGAACUGGGUGAGAGAGCUCCGCCAGCAUGGCCCCCCUAGCAUUGUUGUUGCCAUUGCUGGGAACAAAUGCGAUCUUACCGACGUCAGAGAAGUCAUGGAGAGAGAUGCUAAGGACUACGCUGAUUCCAUUCAUGCCAUCUUUGUAGAGACCAGCGCAAAAAAUGCAAUAAACAUAAAUGAACUCUUUAUAGAAAUUAGCCGAAGAAUUCCAUCCACAGAUGCCAACCCGCCGUCUGGCGGCAAGGGCUUCAAACUCCGAAGACAGCCAUCGGAGCCAAAGCGAAGCUGCUGCUGACGACUCGGGGCCCCACACUAAUGAAGAAGCAAGUGGUCCUGGAUGUUGCAGGAGGGCCAGUCACUGCCAUUGGCAGCUGCCUCGUGCCCUGGAGUCUUCUUCAUGCAAAAAGGACUCAGAGGAACUGGCUGUUGGGUACUCUUGGAAGACUGCAGCAGGUGUUUCUAACUGCAGACUUGUGUCGCGGACUCUGAUGUGCAAAGGGACCACAUCCUUGGCUGCUGACUAGCUGAAAGGAGCAUCUGAUGUAUGGAUGGUAGGACUGAACUGCAGGUACUUUUGUAAUCAGGAUGUCGUGUAUCAUUUGUAAAGGGAAACAAGCACUUUUAUGGAUCUUAAGGGAAAACGCUGUGGAGAUGGCCAUCUCCUUGGUCCUUGUUGUUAGUGUCAGAGUCGCAUCAUUUAAGAUGUGGAAAAUGAUCACAAGUGGAGGGACGGUUGGCCCUGGAACAGUUUCCACCAUCUCUCAAGCACUUUCAUACACAGUAAAUUAACACCACGGCGGCGGCGGCCUGGUUCACCUCGGGUUUCCUUCGGACCCUGUAUGUGUCACCACACAUUAGUUUUAUCGUUACCUUUCUCAGUAAGCUCUCAUGGUCCAGGUGAUGGUGUAGAGAUGCUACCUGGAGCCAGUUGAGAUGAGCAGUGCUUUAAAAGGAAGAGAGAAAGAACAAAGGAAAUGAUUUUUUUGGUUUUUGGUCCAGGUAUUUGGUGGAAAAAACAAAAACAAAUGUGUGCUGCCUAGCAUAUGUACAUUUGUAGUCUAUAUUUAUGAGAACAUUACUUAAAAUUAUAAAUUAUGUAAAUACAUUAAUAACUUUUGAAUUCCACAUUUAGUACUCCAUUUAGUCAUGCACCCACUCAUUUUUCAGCCAGUCCACAGGAGAUUUUGAAGCGCAUUCACCUUGUGCAAAAGCAUGGAGCACUUAGCUCACAGCUCCUUCCUCCUCCCCUUGCCCUUCUGCAUCCCAUCUGGAAAUGGUAAUAAAGACACAUGUCUCCGUGACAAGCCGACCAGUCCUUGCUAGCCUGGGGGCAAGUGAGAGCCUAGCACCCAGCACUCACCUGGCCUUAGCAGUAGGGAGCUCAGACCAACUCUGUUGACAGUGCUUUGCAUAUAACAGCCAGUUCGCCUCACCUCCUUUAUUCUCUCUUGCCUCUACUAGUGCUUUGCACUCUUUUCCCUCAGGAGCCUAAUGAGGUUCUUAAUAUAAUCUAAAAAUAAAGCCCCCAAGUGAAACUGCUGGAAAUUUGUUCCUGGUCUAAUUUGGCACCCUUCCAGCCCAAGUAUUGUGAGGGAAGGAAAUUUACAAGAUUAAAUAGGAAAUGAAACAGCUUGAAUCUCAAACCAAAUUGUGUUUUCAGAGCUGUCCUUAACUGAACAGUCAAAACUUUUCAAAACAACUGUUACUACUUUGCGCCCUCCCAUACAUGCUUCACAUGGAGAGGUUUUAGCAAAAGGGCAGCCCAGAUGACACAGACCUGGGUGAGGCCUCGUGAGCGUCUCAGUUGUUUACUCUUACUCAAGUCAGACUGGGAGCGCCUCGUGUGGACUCAGUGUCACCUCAUUCCUGAGCCUCCUGCACAGCAUUAAAUUCUCACACAGGAGAAAAUCCUGUGAUUUCCCAAGACUGAGCUGCUUCCACCUGCAGUGGCUUGAUACCACUUGACAUACACCUGCAGGAAACAGCACUGCUCAGCUCAUGUGGACGAGGCUGCCCAUGUGAGACCCUUUCUGUCUCAUUUCACCAAAAGAUGGUAUAAAUUCAUGACCUGAACAGUCCAGUACAUUCUGGAAGUCGUGGGGCAUGCAGUGACUGCUCUCCUGUGGCACAUGUGACUUCUCUAGCUGAUUCCCUCAUACCACAUGAAGGGAGUGGCUCUGGCCAUGGCUGCAUGUCUUCCCAACAGAUUGAGCAGCAUGACUCCAGUCUGCCCAAGAAAUGAAGGGGCUGCCCUGCCUGUGGUGGCGUGUACUGCUCAAUGGCAGUGCAUUGCAGCUGGGCCCACACUCCAUGGUCAGUGAACACAGGGAGGUCUCCAUGUUCUUUCUUCCUAUAAAAUGUAUAUUAAAAUGUAGGCAGACAUAGUGCUUUAUUCUGACCACAUUGUCUCCUGGUUGUUUCUUAAGAGAAAUAGCCAGACUCCAAAGGCAUUGAGACAUUGUUCCUCCCCCCCAAAAAAAAAUUUGGUUCCAAAUGAUGCAGGGCCAUUUUUAAAAACUUUGAAGACUGAACAGAAGGGGCAAGAUCUUUAAUUAACUGCCAGUGUGUAUUGAUUUCUUUCAGAGAAAUUGAAAUAAGCUCCUUGCAGGUGUCCAAUCCUAGGAGCCACUGGUCUCUCGAUCUCUUCUUUUACAUAAGUGUUUUUCUGAUUCUGUGAUAACUAAUUAACUAUCAUUUGGUGAUUAGAAGAACAUAAAGUGAGAGUCUGAUUAAGUGUCCUUCAGUGUAAACUCUGUGAGAAGUGAUUGGAGAGAAAUACCAACUGCAAGCCCUUCUGGUUCCCAAUGAAAUUCCAUUGCCUGCUUGUCAGCUUCAGCCAAGACAAGCACUGUACAUGGCAGUCGGGAGAUUUAUUCCUUUUAAAAUAACCUGGGUCCUUGUUCCCCAUUUAUGAUGAUAUUUGAAGUGCCCACCUCUUCUCAUUGUGCUCCUCUUCCUUGGAUGCCUACCCAGGUCAAAGGAUCAAGAUUUUCUUAUGAGAGACAUGGUUAUAUCAAGAGGCCAGUAUCAUUGUGAAGAUUAGCUGUUCUCUGGAUUGUUAAAUAUGUGAUGGGGGCUGACAGUGACCCACAUUUAAUCUAUAAGUCUUACAUCUGUUCCUUGUCUCCAGGGGGAAAGUGGGUUUGAGGACUUUUAAAGCUCUUAAGAUAUACAGCUGAGAGUGUUCUGUAGGUUGCUGUCACCCGGCACCCAGGGGGCUGCCAAACCCAAGGGUCUGCUGCUGUAUUUCAAGGUUCCCAUGUUUGAGUGGGUGGGUUCAGUUUGGGGUACACUGCGUGUCAGUAUAUAGGCCUCCAUGUCCCAAAAGGCAAUGGUUCGUUGCCUUCUGUCUUUUCUAUUGCAAAAGAGGCUAAUGGGGUUCCGUUCAACAUUUCUCACCUAUUCAUUCAGAGACUGUGACAUGUGGACCCUCAGACUAUGUGAUCUCUGCAACUAGCCUUAGCCACCCAUGUGUCUGCAAGACCCUGCAGGAGUCAGGAGAGAAUCCUCCUGAGGAAAGGUAGCUGGGAACCCUUAGCUCUUCUCUAACCGCCAGUCGUGCUUCAGCCAGACAGGUGGCUUGGAUCACAGAACUUACCAGGCUCUUCAGCCUGAUUCGGGUGAGGGCAGAGUGGUUAUGGAAUCCCUUGUAAGUUCUUACUUAAAUUUAUUUUGAAGGGACAAGCAGCACAAUUUUUGUUCAUUGUUUGAUUUUAUCAGUUUUUAAGGAAGAAAUGGGAUAUACUUUUAAGAUUCAAGCUGUUAACUAUGCCUUCAUGGGGGGGGGGGGUUGAUGAUAAAAGAUGUUGGUUUAAGACAACCCAUGAAUGAUUUUGAUUUUUUUUUUUUUUUUUAAUGAGGUUGAUGAGCUAGCUCGGCAGGUAAAGGCACUUGCUGCUAAGGCUGAUGACACAAGUCAAUCCCUGGAACCCACAUAGUAGAAGGAGAAGAAUGCCACAGGUCGUCCUCUGAUCUCCACAUGUCCUCCCACACUACACACACACACACACACACACACACACACACACACACACACACACGUGUCAUAAUGUUUAAAAAAUGUUCUGUGCAGUACAUUAUCUAGAAGACAAACAGAGCACUGUGCAGUUUAGGAAAAGGAGAGUCAGGUAGAAUUUAGCCUGAGACUUAAAAGAAUGACCGCGACAGAUUUCCUGUGACGGCAGAAGUCAUGUCCAGAGAUAGAAAACCAGGCAAUCUGAUUAUCUGAUUUGCAAGAAAUGUUAAUGGAAUUCCAGGGCAUUUGUCCUGUUUUAUGUGCAAAUGAAGCUCUAAAAUAUAUUAGAAGGGUAUUACCCUUCUCAGGAGCCUUCCUUCUGCACCUCAGAAGGUGAUGAGUGAGGGGCCUACACUGAUGAAGUUCAUUAGACAUGCUGAGAAGGGCAAAUGAAUAGAGCUUGGAAUCACUGUAUUUCUCAGCUCGUCCUUCAGAAUGCUCCGAGCAUGUAGGAGUGAUUUACUAUCUGGAGCUAGGACUUCCACCAGCAUAGAUCAAGUUUAAUUUGAUGGUCUGUACCAUCAGAAAUAACUAAUAUCUGUGUUCUUUCCUCUCGGAGGGUAAUCAAUUAGAGAUGUGCUAGAAUAUUUUUGGCUUCAAAACAAAAGGAUUCAGAAGUUUAAUAAAAUAGAAUCUCAGACCUUCCAUCGAUUCCUUUCAUUAUGUUGAACGUUUUAGAUAGCAAGAUUAGAAUAUAUAAAUAGUAGAUGGUAAGAUUGAAACCAUAAUGUCCAAAAAACUUGCAGGAAAAAAAUGUUUUAAUUUGCUGUGAGUUCAUUUUAUGGUGCCCAGUGCCUCAUCAAAAUGCUGCAUAAUUACAACAAGCAAAAACCCGGGUAGGUCUCCACAGACACGACUUAAGUGCCAAGCUCUGUCUCCCAAUUAAUGGGGAGUCUAAGACAGUAAUGACUUUUUUAGAGCCUUCUUUAAUUGACAGUUUUCAAGCGUGGGUCUUAAUGUCCUCCUUAAUCGCACAGUAGAAAUGGCCUGCUGCUUUCCUCAUGCCACUUCUUGAUUCAGGAACUUGAUAGUGUUUAGAGGCAGGUUGUGGACGGCAGUCCACUGAAGGGAUUCAUCUUUACAUAGAACUAACUGUAACAUUGUCAAGGAGGCCCCCAAAGCAUCUAAAACCCAGUGUGUGCUUCAUCCACUGCUCCACAAAGCUGGGCUUCAAUUACUUGCUCAGCCAGCCUGGAGUCCUCCCCAUGCUCGCCAGCUCCAGAUCACUGCCAGACUCUGCCCAUUAUACUGUUUGCUUUUAGGGCUUGUCUUAACAUUGUUUGACCACCAUUAACACUUGGCAUUUACACUUCAAUUAUCCAUUUCACCCCUUGGAAAAGCUUGGAAGCAAGGAUGGAGCCCCCGCCCCCCAAAUCCCUUUUUGUUGUUACUACAUGGUCAGGAAAUUUUCUCAACUUGGGUCAUUCCCCCACGAUGUCAGAGAGACCAGUUAGAUUGGUGGGGGAUGAUGAGUGGCAGCUGGGUCAUCAGCAGCUGAUGCGGCUCUGUUUUUAAACCAUUGGUUGUGUUCUGUAGACAUAACUUUAUUGCCCUGGGAAGGAUCUUUUUUUUUUUUUUUAAUGUCCCACUCAGUCUUUCCAUCAUUUUACAUCACAAGUCACUUAUACCAUCAUCCAUCACUGCUCUGACCUUCAGAAAUUAUGGCCUGUUUUCCUUAUGAUUGACACUGAAUUCUUGCCUUACUCUCAUUUUCUGUGGGCUCUCCCUCAGGCACCCUGCCCCAGCAAUCUUGGCAUGUAUGGUAUGCCCUUCCCUGUGGGGUAAAGAGCCCCCAGGACUUCCAAAAGGGCAGUAGGCAGCAUGAGCCUGCAAGGCAAACACAACUGAAUGACGGAAUGGGAUCUGUUGUGGGUGAUAGGGUGGUGGACUGGAGAAUCAGCUGCACAAAGUUUGAAGGAAAGAAAACCUAAGCCCUGUACCAGCAAUCCUUUCUGCUCCUGAGAGUGCCACCCCUUGUCAAGACCCAGUGGAAGGAGUAGCGCCCUGUGCCUUUUUUAAUAGCAUCUGUAUGAAAAUCGAAUUGUUCCUGGUUUCCCAAGCCUGGUAACACUCUAAACGCCUGAAUGAAAAGCCGUGGCUUCACAAGCCUGUAUGGAUGUUUGAUGACCAUUUUUGCAGUCUGACCUUAGGCUGGGCCUAAGUCUAUGUUUUGUUUGUAAACGUUGAAGAAAGGAAACUCCGCCUUUUCCUUCUCGUUGUAAGAUUUUUCUUUUGUGACCUGUUUGCAGAUGGUAAAUCUGGCAUCCUUUGGAACAGAGUUUCUUCAGCUUGACUUGUAUUGUAUGCUUUUAUAGAGUAUGGCAUGCUCCAUCACUACAAGAUUUAUGUCAGGAGAGGUGUAAACAUUUCGUUAAUAAAAUGCUAUGUUUACAGAUGCA